GAUUUGUUUUUGUUCAUGUUGCAGCUUGGCAGGAACAGAGCGCUAGAUCGUAGAACCAAGGUCCACCCUAUAGCUCAGUGGGUCAACCACAGCAAUUUGUCUUAGGAGAAAUCCUUCUGACUCGCUGCCAAAUAUACUGCUAGAAAACUCCUCCUCUGUAUGUUUUAUCGCAACCCUUUUGACCAGCCCCCGCGAUUCGCUCCUACUGAGUCCAAAAGCGAACGUUAGCUACCAAGCUAACCAAACUGCCAGUUUCACCCAUGUCCUAUGAGGAAGGGUUCAGUUCAACGAUCACGGAUUGGCUUUUCUUCAAUUCCUGGUGGCUCCUUUUGCCUUUGAUCAUGCUUCUAGUCGUUGUUGCAUUCAUCGUUGCCUUCGUGUUGCUGUUGUAUAUGAUAUCCCCUUUGAUUAGCCCAAAACCUCUCAAAUUAAAUGGGGCCCACGUCGUGGUAAGUGCCCAUUGUUGUAACCAUUGGACGGUAGGGUGAAGAUAUUUAAUAAGAAACGGCGCGUGAACGCAACAGAUAGCUCAUCUAGCCUACGACACGCCUAAAAUGAAUUGACAGCUAGUAACAACUCCGUUUUCUAGUUAGAUGUGAAAACUCUAGUAUUGCAAUACUGGCAUCUGUGGUUUGCUUCUGUAGGUAGUCAAAGCUAGUCAAAAAUACUACAUUUUCUCAUUGUCUUAUGUACAGCCAACAUGGACAUUUGUGUAGAAGAAACACAUGUACUAACUUGCAAAAGCCACAUUAUAAUUAAGCAAUAAGGCACGAGGGUAUAUGGCCUGCUAAGGGCUGUUCUUAAGCGCAACGCUGAGUGGCUGGAUACAGCCCUUAGUCGUGGUAUAUUGGCCAUUUACGACAAACCCCCAAAUUGCCUUAUUGCUAUUAUAAACUGCUUACCAACGUAAUUAGAGCAGUAAAAAUAAAUGGUCUGUCAUACCCGUGGUAUACAUUCUGAUAUACCACAGCUGUCAGCAUUCAGGGCUCAAACCAGCCAGUUUAUAAUGACCUACACUACCGGUCAAAAGUUUUCGAACACCUACUAAUUCAAGGGUUUUUCUUUAUUUUUACUAUUUUCUACAUUGUAUAAUAAUAGUGAAGACAUCAAAACUAUGCAAUAACACAUAUGGAAUCCUGUUGUAACCAAAAAAGUGUUAAACAAAUCAAAAUAUAUUUUAUAUUUGAGAUUCUUCAAAGGAGCCACCCUUUGCCAUGAUGACAGCUUUGCGCGCUCUUGGCAUUCUCUCAACCAGCUUCAUGAGGUAGUCACCUGGAAUGCAUUUCAAUUAACAGGUGUGCCUUGUUAAAAGUUAAUUUGUGGAAUUUCUUUCCUUAAUGCGUUUGAGCCAAUCAGUUGUGUUGUGACAAGGUGGUGGUGGUGGUGGUGGUGGUGGUGGUGGGGGUGGGGGGGGGGUAUUUGGUAAAAGACCAAGUCCAUAUUAUAUAAAGAACAGCUCAAAUAAGCAAAGAGAAAUGACAGUCCAUCAUUACUUUAAGACAUGAAGGUCAGUCAAUCUGGACCAUUUCAAGAACUUUGAACGUUUCUUCAAGUGCAGUCGCAAAAACCAUCAAGCGCUAUGAUGAAACUGGCAAAGAAGAAGAGUGAUGGAGUGCUGCAUCAGAUGACCUGGCCUCCACAAUCACCCGACCUCAACCCAUUUGAGAUGAUUUAUGAUGAGUUGGACCGCAGAGUGAAGGAAAAGCAGCCAACAACUGCUCAGCAUAUGUGGGAACUCCUUCAAGACUGUUGGAAAAGCAUUCCAGGUGACUACCUCAUGAAGCUGGUUGAGAGAAUGCCAAGAGUGUGCAAAGCUGUCAUCAAGGCAAAAGGUGGCUACUGUGAAGAAUUUCAAAUAUAAAAUAUUUUUUUGGUUACUACAUGAUUCCAUUCCAUAUGUGUUAUUUCAUAGUUUUGAUGUCUUCACUAGUAUUCUACAAUGUAGAAAAUAGUUUUAAAAAAUAAAGAAAAACCCUUGAAUGAGGUGUUCUAAAACUUUUGACAGGUAGUGUAUAUGUGUUGGACUUUGACCCCAGGGCAUUGCCCCAGGGGCCCAGCCCUUGUAUUUAACUUUAGAUGGAAUGUCCCUCCUCUCUCUCACCACCUCUCAACCUGCAGGUCACUGGAGGCUCCAGUGGAAUAGGGAAAAGCAUUGCUAUGGAGUGCUACAGACAAGGAGCCUUCAUCACACUAGUGGCAAGAGACGAAGUUAGCAGAAAUACACAAAACAUCAAUGUCCUUGACUCUUUUGCCCUGUUCUUCACCCAGCCAGCACAUUUAUCAAGCCUUCUUUCUUUUUCAUUAGAGUAAAUUGGUUCAAGCGAAAAAAGAAGUAGAGAAAUGUGCGAUUAAUGACAAGCAGGUAUGUAUUAUGUAGCUACAUGUUUUAGUACAACCUGGAAGAAGAAAGACAAUGCUUUUUUGGGAUGCAAGUAAAUGAUAAAAUAUUGACCCUGAUGAUCUCAUUGGCAACUUCUUACAUGAGCACUGACUGUUUUGGUAUUGGUAUUCCUCUUCCACUCAGGUUGUGCUCUGCAUAUCAGUUGACGUGUCCAAGGACUACAGACAGGUGGAAAGUGUGAUUAAGCAGGUAAAUCACAAGUGAUAGGCAAUGUUCCCUCUAAGCUGCGUGCAGCUCCCCCGGGACUGCCACACAGAGGAAAUAUCAGCCCCUGCAGAGAAGCACGAGAUUGAACUUCACUCAACUUUCUAGUUUUCCCCUUUAGUUAACACUAUCAACUUUACCCUCUAAUGUGAGAAUUGUGAUCGAAUCAACGCAAUAUUAGCCACUUUCAAUGCAACAUACCGAAACAAAACGAACUAUGCAAGAGAUUUUCUUGUGGACAGAGCGCAUUGGAGUGGGAUUCUAUUGCGUUGACAGGCAUAUACUCUACCAGACCGGUGCGCCAUAACCAGAGCUGCAGUAUCCCUAUAUGCAAAUAGACCAUUGCCAUAUAUGGAUCUGUGUAAUUUACUUUGAACUGGACUGUGUUCACAGCAUGAGUGGUCGCGAGUAGAUGCGCUUGUUUUGAGAUCAAAGUGAGAGCUGCAUGUAGCCACCUGUGCACAUUUGUUCAUGUUCUUUGCUAGUAAGUGAGUUAUUAGCCCAGUUAUAGCUAAUUUCUAGUCAGCAAUGGGGGAGUGGUUGCUUCCUACAAGAGCACAAAACAUACCCAUUUAUAACCAUCUUUGAAAAACAAGUCAGGUAAAUAAUUUGAUUUUUGUCUUAAAGGGGUAGUGUUGUAUUUUGAGAUGCUUGAAUAAGCUAAGUAGCCAUUAGGCAGAGGGUAGCAUAAUUUGUCUGAUUCUCUGUAAUAGUGGUAUGGGAAUAAUAAUGCAUUUUAUUUUGUAAAGUGGUUUCUUGCAUCAAACAACACAACAUGUUCAGUCACCUCCUGGUCUGAAGGACAAGUGGAUAAGCCCUGCAUGUUUUUUUCUAAAAGUCCAAUGGAAUGUAGGCCUACAUUGAACACCACACAUUGGCUGCUACUGUAGGCUGAAUGAUAGAACAGAUAUUUUCAUGUUAAAAUGUUAUGGGAUGCAUUUUCUCUAUUGUUUUUUACUUGGCCACUGUUAUAACCGUAACUUAAAGCGGGUUCAGCCUCAGUGUUCACAGUAAACACGUGCCAAAAGUUGCUCAGAAUUUUCACUAUUUUCAAGUUUGCGCUCAGCAGACCUGAAAUUUGCUCAGUUACGAAAAGAUUUGUGAACAUUGGUGAAUUUAACUUUUGUAUAAUGAUUUGCAAAAGACAUCAAUAUCAUUUAAUCCAUUUAGUGUCAAGAGAAGCUUGGGCCGGUGGACAUGCUGGUGAACUGUGCUGGGACGUCCUUCUCUGGGAAGUUUGAGGAGGUGGAGGUGGAGCGCUUCAGAGUAAGUAGGUAACUAGUAGGUAGGGGAGGCUACAGUAACUAACCAGGGGAAUAGACAGACAGGGCUGGAAGGGUGAACAUAUAAACCCAACUCCUUACAGUAUGUGCCCCAGAAAACCUUAAUGUUGUGCCAAAACUAACUGAAUAGGUAAUGAGACAAGAUUCCCAGAGUCAAUGGGUUUGAUGUACAGUGGGGAGAACAAGUAUUUGAUACACUGCCAAUUUUGCAGGUUUUCCUACUUACAAAGCAUGUAGAGGUCUGUCAUUUUUAUCAUAGGUACACUUCAACUGUGAGAGACGGAAUCACAUUUUAUGAUUUUUAAGUAAUUAAUUUGCAUUUUAUUGCAUGACAUAAGUAUUUGAUCACCUACCAACCAGUAAGAAUUCCGGCUCUCACAGACCUGUUAGUUUUUCUUUAAGAAGCCCUCCUGUUCUCCACUCAUUACCUGUAUUAACUGCACCUGUUUGAACUCGUUACCUGUAUAAAAGACACCUGUCCACACAAUCAAACAGACUCCAACCUCUCCACAAUGGCCAAGACCAGACAGCUGUGGAAGGACAUCAGGGUUACAAUUGUAGACCGGGAUGGGCUACAGGACAAUAUGCAAGCAACUUGGUGAGAAGGCAACAACUGUUGGCGCAAUUAUUAGAAAAUGGAAGAAAUUCAAGAUGACGGUCAAUCACCCUCGGUCUGGGGCUCCAUGCAAGAUCUCACCUCGUGGGGCAUCAAUGAUCAUGAGGAAGGUGAGGGAUCAGCCCAGAACUACACGGCAGGACCUGGUCAAUGACCUGAAGAGAGCUGGGACCACAGUCUCAAAGAAAACCAUUAGUAACACACUACGCCGUCAUGGAUUAAAAUCCUGCAGCGCACGCAAGGUCCCCCUGCUCAAGCCAGCGCAUGUCCAGGCCCGUCUGAAGUUUGCCAAUGACCAUCUGGAUGAUCCAGAGGAGGAAUGGGAGAAGGUCAUGUGGUCUGAUGAGACAAAAAUAGAGCUUUUUGGUCUAAACUCCACUCGCCGUGUUUGGAGGAAGAAGAAGGAUGAGUACAACCCCAAGAACAAUCCCAACCGUGAAGCAUGGAGGUGGAAACAUCAUUCUUUGGGGAUGCUUUUCUGCAAAGGGGACAGGACGACUGCAGCGUAUUGAGGGGAGGAUGGAUGGGGCCAUGUAUCGCGAGAUCUUGGCCAACAACCUCCUUCCCUCAGUAAGAGCAUUGAAGAUGGGUCGUGGCUGGGUCUUCCAGCAUGACAACGACCCGAAACACACAGCCAGGGCAACUAAGGAGUGGCUCCGUAAGAAGCAUCUCAAGGUCCUGGAGUGGCCUAGCCAGUCUCCAGACCUGAACAUCUUUGGAGGGAGCUGAAAGUCCGUAUUGCCCAGUGACAGCCCCGAAACCUGAAGGAUCUGGAGAAGGUCUGUAUGGAGGAGUGGGCCAAAAUCCCUGUUGCAGUGUGUGCAAACCUGGUCAAGACCUACAGGAAAUGUAUGAUCUCUGUAAUUGCAAACAAAGGUUUCUGUACCAAAUAUUAAGUUCUGCUUUUCUGAUGUAUCAAAUACUUAUGUCAUGCAAUAAAAUGCAAAUGUAUUACCGUAUUUUCCGCACUAUAAGGCGCACUUAAAAGCCUUUAAUUUUCUCAAAAAACGACAGUGCGCCUUAUAAUCCGGAGCGCCUUAUAUAUGGAUCAAUUGGUUAAUUGGUUGAUCCAUACUGGUUGUACACGGCGCUCAAGGCGCUCUGUCAAAAUGUUUCAGUAUGAAAAACCAAUAAAAACAAUUUAAUAAUAAUGAAAUGUUUCAGUACGACUGGUAAACUACAAAGCCGCACCGCUUGCAGCAUUACGGCUACCGUAGUCAGUAAACACCGGUACUGUGCUUACUCACAGUCCCACACCACUUGUGUGUGUAUAAAGACCCCAAAAUGGCACCUUUCAAGAGACAUGCUUAUGACGCAGAGUUCAAGCUCAAGGCUGUCGGUCACGCAGUAGAAUAUGGGAAUAGAGCAGCAGCGAGAGAAUUCAACAUUAAUGAAUCAAUGGUACGGAAGUGGAGGAAGCAAGAAGAUGACCUGCGCCAAGUAAAGAAGACUAAACAGAGUUUCCGAGGGAACAAAGCAAGAUGGCCACAGUUAAAGGACAAACUCGAACAGUGGGUUGUUGAACAGAGAGCAGCAAGUAGAAGCGUCUCUACAGUCACUAUUCGAAUGAAGGCAACAGCACUAGCACGGGACAUGAUCAUCGAUGAAUUUCGAGGCGGUCCUUCUUGGUGCUUUCGUUUUAUGAAAAGACGUAAUCUCUCCAUCCGCACACGAACUACCGUCUCGCAGCAACUGCCAAAAGAUUACCAAGAAAAGCUGGUCACUUUCCGCGCAUACUGCAAAAAGAAGAUCACUGAAAAGAAGAUCCGGCCAGAGCACAUCACCAACAUGGACGUGGUUCCACUCACCUUUGAUAUUCCCGUGAACCGCACUGUGGAGAAAACGGGGACCAGUACGGUGUCUGUACGCACCACAGGGAAUGAGAAGUCAUCCUUCACUGUAGUUCUCGCCGUCAUUCCGGGUGGAUUAACUAAAGAACUCCAGCCGCUAGAUAUUGGUGUCAACAGGGCGUUCAAAGCUAGACUGCGAGCUGCGUGGGAGCAGUGGAUGACAGAAGGCGAACACACAUUCACCAAGACGGGGAGACAGCGCCGGGCGACUUACGCCACUAUCUGCCAAUGGAUCGUGGAUGCCUGGGCUGAUAUAUCAGUCUCAACUGUGGUCCAAGCUUUCACGAAGGCAGGAAUAAUCUCUGAACUGCCAGGCAACAGCAGCGACACUGACUCGGAUAAUGACGAGAGGGAGCCGGGCAGGUUGGAUGCCGUAGUAGCCCAACUGUUCAAUUCGGACACUGAAGAAGAAGAAUUCGAGGGAUUCGUGGACGGGGAAUGAACUGAAAAAGUGAGCUUUACGUGUUAUACGUAACUGAACAAUGUUGAGUUAUGCACUAACGUUUGAUUUAGUGGUAUCAGACUGUUUCUUUUACUACGUGUUUACUGAAUCAGGAAAAAGUUCCCCUCCACGUUUGGGAGAAGAGUGAGCAAGGCUGGGAGAUAUUGUUAAUAUGCACAUUAACGUUUGAACAACGUUACCAUGGGAGUGAACGGAGUUGUCAGAACGCUUAAUAAAGUUUGACUUUAUCUGACUGUUUUGUUGACAUUCCCUUUAGCACAGCUCCAUCUAGUGGAUGCAUAACGCAACCCCAGUCAAACGUUUGACUGCAGUAUCUUCUAUUCUAUGCGCCUUAUAAUCAGGUGCGCCCUAUAUAUGAAAACAGUUCUAAAAUAGGCCAUUCAUUGAAGGUGCGCCUUAUAAUCUGGUGCGCCUUAUAGUGCGGAAAGUACGGUACUUAAAAAUCAUACAAUGUGAUUUUCUGGAUUUUUGUUUUAGAUUCCGUCUCUCACAGUUGAAGUGUACCUAUGAUAAAAAUGACAGACCUCUACAUGCUUUGUAAGUAGGAAAACCUGCAAAAUCAGCAGUGUAUCAAAUACUUGUUCUCCCCACUGUAUGUCUGAAGGUGGAACCAAGGGUUCAGCUUUCAGUUUAAAGAUGCAGCUAGCAAGCCAUAAGGCUAGAUGAGAUUGCAGUCUAGGUCUGCAGCAGAUUGGAUUGCAAUGGGAGAAUGAGAGAGCGGUUUGAUUCCAGGUUUAAAAGGUGGCAGGUUUCUUCGCUGUCUCACAGUCUAGGGAUUGUUCAGAUACCAAGAUAAUGACCGAAGGAAAAUUAGAUUGAAUGUGUGUGUGUGCGCACAUGUGUAUGGACGCGAGUGUGUGUGCGUGAAGGGAUUGUUCCGAUACUAAGAUAAUGACCAAGGGUAUGUGUGAUUGUGUGUGUGUGUUCACCCCCACAUCCUAAUGUACUGUAUACUGAACAAAAAUAUAAACGCAACAUUUAAAGUGUUGGUCCCAUGUUUCAUGAGCUGAAAUAAAAGAUCUCAGAAAUGUUCCAAACGCACAAAAAGCGUAUUUCCCUCACCAGAGCUGUUGCCAGAGAAUUUAAUGUUAAUUUCUCUACCAUAAGCCGCCUCCAACGCCAUUUUAGAGAAUUUGGCAGUACGUCCAACCGACCUCACUACCGCAGACCACAUGUAACCACUCCAGCCCAGGACCUCCACAUCCGGCUUCUUCACCUGCGGGAUCGUCUGAGACCAGCCACCCGGACAGCUGAUGAAACUGAGGAGUAUUUCUGUCUGUAAUAAAGCCCUUUUGUCGCGAAAAACUCAUUCUGAUUGGCUGAGCCUGGCUCCCCAGUGGGUGGGUCUGGCUCACAAGUGGGUGGGCCUAUGUCCUCCCAGGCGCACCCAUGGCUGCGCCCCUGCCCAGUAAUGUUAAAUCCAUAGAUUAGGGACUAAUGAAUUUAUUUAAAUUGACUGAUUUCCUUAUAUGAACUGUGACUCAGUAAAAUCAUUGAAAUUGUUGCAUGUUGCAUUUAUAUUUUUGUUCAGUAUAUUUAUUGGGCUUCAUUACAAUUCCUGGAUGGAGCCUGGCUCUGCUGGCGCUGCUAGCCUAGCUCCUUCUCAUCCUGGCAUUCUGCUGCUGGUCACACCUCGUUAAGGGCCUGAAGUCAUUAGGCCUCCCUCCAGAGAAAUACUAUUACUAUGGAAACUGCACAGAAAUAUCAUAACACAUAACAUAUUGGAGGGCUAUUUUUUCCUCCAGUAGUAUGGGUAUUACUCAGCUUUUAUUAUUAAUUAUAAUAAUAAUAAUACAUAAUUCAUUACUUUUUGUGCUCCUUCCCUUGUCUAUGACAGAGUCUGAUGGAGGUGAACUACCUGGGCAGUGUGUAUCCCACACGGGCCGUAAUCACCACUAUGAAGGAGCGGAGGAUGGGACGCAUCAUGUUUGUCUCCUCCCAGGCUGGCCAGAUUGGCCUGUUCGGCUACACUGCCUACUCCCCGUCCAAGUUCGCCCUUCGCGGCCUGGCUGAGUCUCUGCAGAUGGAAGUGAGCAGUAUAUAGUUCCUCCUUCUACCCACAUUGCAAAUCAAAUCACAUUUUAUUUGUCACAUGCAUCAAAUACAACCGGUGUAGACCUUACCGUGAAAUGCUUACUUACAAGCCCUUAACCAACAAUGCAGUUCAAGAAAUAGAGUAAAUAAACUAAAGUAAUCAAAUAUAUAUAUAUAUCAAAAAGUAACACAAGCAAAUUACAUAACAAUAACGAGGCUAUAUACAGGGGGUACCGGUACUGAGUCAAUGUGCGGGGGUACAGGUUAGUCGAGGUAAUUUGUAAAUUGACUAUGCAUAGAUAAUAAACAGCAAGUAGCAGCAGUGUCAAAACAAAGGGAAGGUCAAUAUAAAUAAUCCGGGUGACCAUUUGAUUAAUUGUUCAGCAGUCUUAUGGCUUGGGGGUAGAAGCUGUUAAGGAGCAUUUUGGUCCUAGACUUGGCGCUACGGUACCGCUUGCCGUGCGGUAGCAGAGAAAACGGUCUAUGACUUGGGUGACUGGAGUGUUUGACAAUUUUUUGGGCCUUCCUCUGACACCGCCUAGUAUAUAGGUCCUGGAUGUCAGGAAGAUUGGCCCCAGUGAUAUACUGGGCCAUACGCACUACCCUCUGUAGCGGCUUACGGUCAGAUGCCGAGCAGUUGCCAUACCAGGCGGUGAUGCAACCGGUCAAGAUGCUCUCGAUGGUGCAGCUGUAGAACUUAUUGAGGAUCUGGGGACCCAUGCAACAUUUUUUCAGUCUCCUGAGGGGGAAAAGGUGUUGUCGUGCCCUCUUCACAACUGUCUUGGUGUGUUUGGACCAUGAUAGUUCGUCGGUGAUGUGGACACCAAGGAACUUGAAACUCUCGAUCCGCUCUACUUCAGCCCCGUAGGUGUUAAUGGGGGCCUGUUCGGCCCUCCUUUUCCUAUAGUCCACGAUCAGCUCCUUUGUCUUGCUCACGUUGAGGGAGAGGUUGUUGUCCUGGCACCACACUGCCAGGACUCUGACCUCUUCCCUAUAGGCGGUCUCAUCGUUGUCGGUGAUCAGGCCUACCACUGUUGUGUCGUCAGCAAACUUGAUGAUGGUGUUGGAGUCUUGCUUGGCCAUGCAGUCAUGGGUGAACAGGGAGUACAGGAGGGGACUAAGCACGCACCCCUGAGGGGCCCCAGUGUUGAGGAUCAGCGUGGCAUAUGUGUUGUUGCCUACCCUUACCACCUGGGGGUGGCCCGUCAGGAAGUCCAGGAUCCAGUUGCAGAGGGAGGUGUUUAGUCCCAGGGUCCUUAGCUUAGUGAUGAGCUUUGUGGGCACCAUGGUGUUGAACGCUGAGCUGUAGUCAAUGAACAGCAUUUUCACAUAGGUGUUCCUUUUGUCCAGGUGGGAAAGGGCAGUGUGGAGUGCGAUUGAGAUUGCGUCAUCUGUGGAUCUGUUGGGGCGGUAUGCGAAUUGGAGUGGGUCUAGGGUUUCCGGCAUGAUGAUGUUGAUGUGAGCCAUGACCAGCCUUUCAAAGCACUUCAUGGCUACCGACGUGAGGACUACAGGGCGGUAAUCAUUUAGGCAGGUUACCUUCGCUUUCUUGGGCGCAGGGACUAUGUUGGUCUGUUUGAAACAUAUAGGUAUUACAGACUCGGUCAGGGAGAGGUUGAAAAUGUCAGUGAAGACACUUGCCAGUUGGUCCACGCAUGCUUUGAGUACACGUCCUGGUAAUCCAUCUGGCCCCGCGGCUUUAUGAAUGUUGACCUGUUUAAAGGUCUUGCUCACAUCGGCUACGGAGAGCGUGAUCACACAGUCGUCCAGAACAGCUGGUGCUCUCAUGCCAAAAGGUACAAUUCGCUCCAUUUGGAUAAGUCUCUUUGGCCUCUUUGUGGCUGAUUUAAUGUACUCUUUCCUCUACUCCUCACUGCAGAUGAAGCCAUAUAAUAUCUAUGUGACAAUUGCCUACCCCCCUGACACUGACACUCCAGGACUAGCAGAGGAGAAUAGGACAAAGGUAAGUCUCCUCAUGAAAAAGGGGAAAGUUUAAAUGUUCUCUUCUUUUGUCUUUUAUCUGACGCCUCAAGUUAUAUUUUCUCCCUUCGUCCUUCCAUAGCCUUUAGAGACUAGGCUGAUCUCCGAGACAUCUGGGGUGACUCAGCCGGAGCAGGUUGCUAAAAUCGUGGUCAAGGAUGCUGUGGUAAGAGACUGCAUUCUCGACAACUGUCCCUAUCACAUUCACUCUGCUUCAGGCCAACACAAUAAGCUUUAUCAGUACAUCCCUUCCAGUCAGGACCAUAGAGAGAAUUGCUCUCUAGAAGUGUGAUAAAGCAGUUUUUCUGACAGUCAUGUCUUUGUGCCCCAUACAGCAGGGGAACUUCAACAGCUCUGUGGGGCCUGACGGCUACAUGCUCUCAGCUCUCACCUGUGGAAUGUCACCUGUCACCUCCAUAACAGAGGGCCUCCAGCAGGUAACAACAGUACAGGAAUGGUACUGUCACGGUCCCAAUACAACACACCCAAAAUAUUACUCUGUGGUCUUUUGGUAAACGUGUUAACUGAACCUUAACUAUCAACUUAUCAAAGCAAUUUUGUAUCUAUUACACAUCUAUUAUAACCAUAGAGAUAGAAUUAAGUCAUUAUAUUUAUAUGAUUAUAACAUAAUGUUAAUGUGACCUCUGUGCAGAUUGUGACCAUGGGGCUGUUCCGGACCAUUGCUCUGUUCUACCUGGGGAGUUUCGACAGCAUUGUGCGUCGCUGUAUGAUCGAGAGGGAGCAGUCCAAAGCAGUGGACAAGAGGGAGUAACACACCCACCCAACCUCCUCAUACACCCCCCACCCCCCACCUCUCCAUCCUCCCCGAGUCAUAGCCACUGAAAAA